ACUGUAGCAAAUAAAAUUAUUUUUCAAACCAUAGAAAUGUCUUAAUUGCUGUAGGGAUAACGCCUAAAAUACUUUCAACUCUAGUAAAACAUUUUGAUGCUUGCAUUUUUUGUGCAAACUUGAAGUGCUUAUCACCCUUUAAUCUUAAAAACCUGCUCGAAAUUUUUUUAUUAAUGAUUCGAUGGAAAUGCUAGUUUUAGAUGAAGAGGCACCUAUUUCCAUUUCAAUACAAAUAUACAGUAGAAAUAAGAGCUCAUUGCGACAGAUCUGUAUCUUAUGUAACUUAGAGUUUUUUAAAAGUACUUUAGCACUUGGCAUUUAAGGGACGUUUGAGAAAUUAUAAGUGCUAAAAUUCAUUAAAAGCCUGGUACUCAUCCCGUGCCAAUUCAUAAGGAAAAUAUGAGUAUUACAUGCAUCUGUGAAAGAAAUAUUUCGAUAGUUAACUCUCUGGAAAGAAUUGUUUAGUCUGCAUGUUUUAGUUUCAUUUUCUAUUCAGGGCUUUUGUUUUGAGCUCAGCUAAAGCGUUUCAUCCUUUGCUUUUUUAUGCGAAGGGCCAGUUUCGGAACCAACAAUCUAUGUUCAGAGACAGUCGUUUUAUGGUGAGCCCUAGCUUUGGGAACGCAAACUUAGGAAUAUCGGUAAUUUGGUGAGCAGAAACCCGAAAUAAUGAACAUGGGUUAGUUACCUUACUGGAUCUAGAAGCAACCAAGUGCGCUUUCUGAUGUGCAGAAGGUAAUUUCAUUAUGAAACUUUGGUUGAAUUUGUAAUCUAACGGUCUUUAAAUAAUAUAAACAUUAAUUGUUUUUUUGUGUCGACUUUUUCCGGCGAUGCCCUCGGAAGGUAAGAAGCAGAGGCACGGCUUGUAAACAAGCUUAAGCAAUAAAACUAAGAAAAAUGAGCGGCAUUCGUAAAUUUUGUUAGUGGAAUCAAACAUGGGGAACAAUUCUCUCAUUCACAAAUUCCUGUGUACUCCAGAGCAAUGUAGUUUGCUUUCUGAUAUCCCCCCGAUCUCGGACAUUCAACUUCUCUUAGAAUUUGACGUGGUGGUUUUAGCUCUGUUGAUUGAUAUGUGUUGAUACGACCUCCCAGCGGAAACUGUCUGUGAGCUUAACAUCUCUGAUCACAGUGGGUAAUCAGUCUGCCCAUAAACCAAGUUAGGGUAGGAGACCGAAGACAGCAAUUCAACCACCAGAGGCAUUGUGCGUUCUGAAUAGGCAGUUGGGGCCGACUCAAACCUCUGCUAUUAAAGACACACAUUCGAGCUCCGGGGUUAUUCAUCACUGGCCUUCCGCCAUCGGUCGACUAUAAAGUUUCGAGCAUCGCUUGGCUGUUUUAGUCGCACUGACAGAUCGAUAAAGUCAAGAAGCAGUCUGAUAAAGACAAGCACAGAGUUUGUGUCAGGGCGAAUUUCUGCAGCAAUGGCGAAUUUUGGAAAGUUUUCGAUGAUUUUUCUGGUAUUUAUGGCUUACCUCUCGCCGCUGGCUGCAAAAAUAUUCAGAGAUGCAGAGCAAGAGGCAUUCGUGAAGCAAAUAGCCAAUUUUAGUAUCGCAUACCCACGGUUGGCUUUGUACGACUACCCAAAUUUCAAAACAAUUCCUUGGGGUGACUCCGAGGAACUUCCUGAUAAGUUUUAUGUGAAGUUGAACAUUGAUGGUCGAAGAGAAACUCUGGAGCUCAAAAGAAACCGAAGGCUGGUCAACUCAAAUUUCAAUGCCGAAGAGUACGAGAACCAUAAGGUUAUUGAUAACAAUGAUGGAAAGGUGAAAAAAGGUUGCUACUAUGUUGGAACAGUGUUGAGACAGAGGAAAUCCCUCGCUGCCCUGAGCACAUGUCAUGGGCUGAAAGGAUUCGUGAAGACGAUCAGAGGAAACUUUCUAAUCGAGCCAAUGAGAAACUUGUCAAAAUAUUUUUUCCCGCAUUUGGUGUACCAGCCAAACAUUGACAAUAGUAACGACGAGAGGCGACAGGAAAAGAGUGAAACUUCAUCAUGUGCAGUUGAAAACGACCCUGAUCCGGUGAAGUAUAAGGUCAAAGAGAGCAAGCCAAGCAAAGUAUCAGGGAAACGAGAGAACGAGACUGGAAGGAAAAGGAAACGAAACGCAAUCGAGAUUCCAAGUGCAGACGUUGAAGUUUUUGUCGUUGCGGACAAAGAUACGGUUGCGGUGCACGGUAACGCGUCCGUAGAAGGAUACAUCCUUACAAUGAUGAACAUGGUUGCAGAAAUGUACAGACAUGCCAGCUUGGGAGUCAAUGUGAACAUUGUUGUGGCAAAAAUACUUCUUCUCAGUGAAGAUCAGGACGGGCUAACGAUUUCCCACCAUGGUGACAAGACAUUGAGAAGCUUUUGCGAAUGGCAAUACAGCAGAGUUUGGUAUUCUGGACAACAAAACAAUCGAAUCCUCAAAUAUGAUGCAGCAAUAUUGCUGACAAGGAAAGAUCUAUGCAGCAAUAGAGAUGCACCUUGUGGUACUAUAGGAAUGGCGUACAUCGGUGGUGUCUGCAAACCUCGAAGACGAUGCAGUGUAAUCGAAGAUAUCGGAUUGAAUACGGCCUUCACCAUUGCCCAUGAACUCGGUCACAGUCUUGGAAUGCAACAUGACAGAGAAGGAAACCGGUGUAGAAGGCAAACAAACGGCAUAUCGCAUAUGAUGUCCCCAACAUGGCCACAGGCAAGUCAUGGCGAUCUCAUGUGGUCGAAAUGCAGCCAAGAAGAACUCAAAGAUUUUCUCAGCUCGUACAAAAGCGCUUGCAUAAAGGAAGAAUCUUCGAGAUACUACAGGCAAAAGUAUAAAAUGUUCAAUGCUGUACUGCCUGGUACAAUCUACAGUGCUGAUGAACAGUGCAAGCAGCAAUACGGACCGUUUGCAUCUCACUGCAAAGUCUUUAAGACAACUGGCAAGGCAACUGAUAUGUGCAAGACAUUGUGGUGUUUUAUUGAAAGUGACAAUGAAUGCGUUACUAAACUUGAUCCUGCUGCCAAAGGGACCCCCUGUGGGCCUGGCAAGUGGUGCAUGUACGGAAAGUGUAUAAACAAUAAUACGAUACCCGAGCGCAUUGAUGGACAGUGGUCGCAGUGGUCCAACUGGACGGCGUGUUCAAGGACUUGCGGUAUAGGUGUUACGAAAAGAAGACGACUGUGUGACGACCCACUCCCAUCAAAUGGCGGCAAACAGUGUGCUGGGGAGUCAAAAGAAUACAAAACAUGCAAUGUUAAGAAAUGCCCAGUAACAGUUCAGAGUUUCAGAGCAGCCCAGUGUGCACAAUAUAACAAUCAAACUGUGACUUGGAUCCCGGUUUUAAGUGAACGUCGCCCGUGUGGAUUAUAUUGCAGGCAAGAUACAAACGGCAUUCAUUUCUCCGUGCGAUUCGCAACAACGGUCAUUGAUGGUACAGAAUGCAGAAAAGGGGGUGCUGGGGGCAUUUGUGUCGAUGGCAAAUGUGAGCAAGUCGGUUGCGACAACCAACUGCAUUCAAAUGUUACUAACGAUGCUUGUGGCAUAUGUGGUGGAAAUGGCACUACAUGCAAUGUUAUCGAAGGGGAAUUCACACAAAUGUCUGGAGAAGGCUACGUCACAGCUGUAGUAAUUCCCCCGGGAGCCCGCAAUGUAGUUGUCCAAGAAGAAAAGCCAUGCGCCAGCUUUUUGGCACUCAAAGGUGACAGGGGAACGUACCAUAUUAAUGGAAACUGGAAAAUAGAGUUACCAGGAGAAUUCGAUAUCGAUGGCACUAUUGUGUAUUAUCAAAGGAAAGGGACACAGGAAACGUUUUUUGCCAAGGGGCCAACAAAAGAGCCACUUCACAUUAUGGUACUCUUCCAAGAUUUCAAUUUCGGCAUAAAGUACAGUUAUACAUUACCUCUGAAGAGCAACAAAACAGAUGUAACAACAAAGGUCAUCAGACAACCCCAAAGAGGAUCUUAUGGCUGGAUGCAGGGUCCUUGGGGCCCGUGCUCUGUCUACUGUGGUGGAGGAAUAACACGGCGCAGGCCUUCCCGCUGCGUACAUAUCGAUGGUAGUAAAGUCAGCCUGGUGAGCAAUAGCUACUGCUCAGGAGCCAAAAAGCCACCAGUAGAAAUGAAGACAUGCAACGAGAAAAAAUGUGGAACUGUAUGGGGUGUUGGUGCUUGGUCAUCAUGCAGCAAGACGUGUGGACUGGGACGAAAGUACCGAACUUCGCAGUGUGUUAGGCAACAACCCGAAACAGGUGAAUGGAAAAAAGUGUCAUCGAAGCACUGCUCUAAAGACAAGCCAGUCACUCUGCAAAUCUGCGUCGAAAAAUCUUGCUUCUUGAACUGGAAAACUGGUCCCUGGUCAAAGUGCAAUGCACCAUGCGGUGAAAAAGGCAGUAUGAAUCGUGAAGUCUCUUGUCCGCUUAAGAAUGCUUGCCAUAUUUCAAGAAAACCGAAGCCAAGCAGGCCAUGUGUCACACCGCAGUGCUCUUACGCUUGGAUUUCUUCAAAAUGGUCACAGUGCUCAAAAUCAUGCGGCAUUGGAUUUCAAACCAGAAAAGUAGAUUGCAGGGAGACAUAUUCUCUAAACGAAAGUGCAGGCAUGUGUCAAGCAAGUCUGAAGCCCCACUCUAAAAGAAAAUGCCCUGAUCAACCGUGCAACAAAACAAGCACAGCUUUGCCAACAACUGUGACUAAGCCUCAAACUACGACCGGUAUUCCUGGUGCUCCAGAGGCUGCACCUGUUCUGGGAGUAGAAAAUUGUAAAAAAGACAAGCUUGCAACAUGGGCUUGCGAAAUCCUUACAGACAAGCAUUUUUGUAGCAAUAAAAAAGAUGUACUCAAAUGCUGUGAAACGUGCAGGAGAAAAAUGAAGUAUUUUAAGAAAUAAAAUUUCUGUAAAUACCGCUUAGGUGUUGCAAAUUUCAGGUAAAUUUGAUCAAUCUACAUACCAUCAAAAGACUGCUUGUUUCGAUGAAGAGUUUUGGUUUAUGCCCCUAGGAUACUUCAUUUUAGAUACUAAAUAACACGUGGCCAUGACAAUAUUUUUUUGGGAAAAUGUUUCCUAUGUGACAUCUCUCUCUAUUUUAUACCUUAGUAUUGGGAUACACAAACCCCUAAGAUUUAUCUCAACCUAGACUUGUCACAGUGCAAAACAGAAUUAGGCUCUUUCGUUGUCAACUCGUAGUGACAGUUUCAUAAGUGUGCUAAUGAGCUAAUUACGUUAUCCUGCGCUGAGGCACCUUGAACUGUUUAAAAAAGUAUGUUUCGAAUCUAGAAAUAAUAAAACCCAUUUGCACGAAUACUUCGAAAAAUGCUUGCUCUCUCUUAGCAUCUUUGAAAUGAUUUCCCUGAAAUUUUAGUCAAACAAUAGCAUUGUAUUAUUUUGAUGGUAUCAGUUUGAUUCAAAUUUACCUUAGUUGGUUAUUGAAGUUAUCUGUUGCCAGUCCAAUGCUACUUUCACGUAAACUUGGCUGGCCCUUUCGACUUAAGUAUUCGACGUUCACUUUCUUUAGCUAUCCAUUGUACAGUGUAGAUAUUCCCUAGCUGUUUUUGUGUACUGUAAUCGGGUCGAUUCUUAUACUGCUCUUUCUAAAAGACCGAAAAUUUAUCGCUUGGCACCAUUACGAUUAGCCCUCCUAUGGAUCGAUGCCAAACGUUAUGAAAGAGACCUUCUCGAGAUUUUGAUUCAUCACGCAUCAUAUAGUUUAUUGACGUUAUUUAUAGGAGGACGGAGCAAGUGGGGUUAGUUGGUUGCAUGAAAAUAUGCUAAUAUUAGAUGCUACUCUAAUAUCGAUUUUUUUCGAUGAAAUCGUUGAUAAUCAAAUGUUAAAUACCUAUAUUUAUAAAUCUAUAAUGUUGAUAUUUUAUGGUAGAAUAUAUUUUUUAAAUUUAAUUAUAUUUACCACGUAGUUUUAUAAGUGAGAUUUCUGGGAUCAAAAAAUCACAUGAUUAAUAUUAUUCUCGUUAAGGGCGACUUAAACUUCCCUUUCAAGACAUAGUGUACUGUUUUUUGAGACGUAGAUUACUAUAACGUGUAGGCCAUCUUAAAGUCUGUUUGAACGGUAUCAACGGCGGGCAAAGAAAUUUUUGUUCUCCCACGUGCAACUUUUGGGUUUGUGGCGCUUUAAACUACUUAAUCCACUGAUUUCAAAACUAUUAAUCGCCUGUCCCUAAUCUUAGUCUUAUAAAGAGAUUUAUUAUACUUUCUGGUUUUUAAGUAACCUUUGAAGAAAAUAGGCAAGUAUUUCGGUCGACAAAGUAUGUUUGUCAAUACAAACAAAGAAUGAAUUCACUUUGUACAAAGUACAGAAUUGAUACAUUAAGAGGCUUAUUAAGGCUGUCCAGUUCGAGUAUGUCAAGCAUCCAAAAUAUACCAAAUGUGGGAAAAAUUCACAUUUAUGUUUAAAAAUUUAUUUUCGGUUGAGGCUUUGACAUUGCCUCGCGCUCUGGGUUAAACCCAGUAUCUUUAGAGUUGCGAAAUAGAGUAGCAAAGAAAAUGAAAGUAGCAAACUGUUUUUUUAAAAGCCAGAUUCCCUUUCCAUCUAGUUGAACAGCUUUUAAGACAAUAAGGUUCGAAAGAUUUCGUCGAACAAUUACCAAUAUUGUAGUACAGUUUUGUGACGAGCCACAUUUGUUGUUUGUAUUCCCUGUAUCUCAUUUAGAGACACCAAUCCUCUUUUUCAUGGGAAUGUAAAUUGUUUAAACAAAGUUUGCAAAAUACCCACAAACAGAUUUAAAGUUGGCCUUAGGAACUUUUUGACUUUAGACUCCUUAGACGUAUUAUCAAUGAUCGAAGGAUCGACUGUUUUGUAUUGAGUGCUUUAAUUAGGCUUGGUUCAACAAGUGACUUUGAUUUGUAAUUACAUUACAAUAUGGAAUUUUCACUGGUAAUAUCUGUUUCUUUUUUGCCUACCCUUGAGUUUUAACCACAUGUGGCAUUCUUCAUUUCACAAAUAAGUCAAAGGCGAGUAAUAUUAACUGUUUAUCGUGUUAUUUAUCGAACAAACGGCCGUGACGUCAUACAAAGUGUACAGUGACUCUUGUUUGAGCUUUAACGAAGAGCAUAGAGGCAAAAUGAACAAAUGUUGUAUAAAAUGAUGGUAGCAGUAUUGUUCUAUCUUAUUCACCAUUUGACAAAAGUUGCAGUAGAAUAGACUCACUAAACGUUUGUGGCAUGAUCGAAACUUUUCUUUGAGAUCCUUAUCCAGCAGUGUUUAAAAGACGUUUACAAAUUGUUUGAACAAAUUACUUUGAUGAUUUUAAACAGGUUAAAAGGAACCUAAGCUGGUUAUGAUACGGGUGACAAUUGCCCAGCUAAACCAAUUUACUACAACAGUUCUAUGAUAAAACAUUCAACACAGCCAGGAGGGACAAAAAAAGAGUGGCUGGAAGAUGGGCUACAAAUUAAGGGAUUUUAUGGAAUGCAACAGCCAGUCCAAGAUAACAUUAUGUUAUAUGGAAAUCAGUCCUCGUUCCUUACAGGAGGAAAUUUUAGAGGGUUUGUUGGGUGUAAGUAACCCCUUUUUGUCCUACGCUGCCCUUAAUCAUGAGCAAAACUUGAAAUUUGUGAAAUUUAAAGGACAUUCUGCCAUGAAUAGACACAAAAUAGUGAUAUCUUCUUGAGCCUUGUUUCAGGUGCCUGCUGAGGGGAGGGGACCUCCUCUAAUCUAAAUCCAAUCCCUCCCCAUUGAAUACCUUGAUUGUCAAAAUCCAAUUCCCCCCCUAUGUGUAGUAGGAUGCUCCCCAGAUCACAUGACCUUUUAUAAUCACGUGACAAGUACUAUUUAAUCCGAAGCUUUGUAAAGUGUAGUUCAGUUAUCUUCGUAACCUUGUUCAGUUAAGUUAUAAAUCUUGAAUGAUUAUCAAGAUAUGAAAACGUAAAGAGUGUGUUUCCUUGCUCUACUAUCUCAUUAAUGUAAAUAGAACACCUCUCACAUAUGAACCUGCUUGCCAACAGUAGAAAUUUCUCAUCUCGGUAGCAUUGGUUUUUGUCAAAAAGUAAAUAUGACCUUAAGGGAAAGGUUAGGCAGUACUGGUUUAAUCAUAACUUUCAAUUCUUUAACAAAUAAGGCAAAUCUUCAGAAGGGAAAAAGUUUACAUUUUCCUAGGGGGCCUUGAUUAGACCAAAAAUGCUUGAUAAAUGACAGAUCCAAAACAUAAGGAAAAGUCUUAAAAUCUGUACUAAAUCUGCUGGAUUGCUCGCGGGAUCAAAUCGGGUUUUAUCUUUGAGACCCUCAAAGGCCUUCAAUAAAAAAAUAUCAGUCACUUACAUAUCUCGAAGACCAACUGACAUUUAUAUCUAUCACAAAGAAUUGACUUUACUAGUUCAUCAUAAAUGUCUUUAAAAUUGGUAUGAUUUCUGUUAGUUUGUCAACAUUGUAUUCAGCUAACUCCUUGGCUGCUUCAUUCUUUUCAUUGUUCAGAAGGACAGUCACUUUGAAAAAAGAUAGAACUGGGGUUAUCCAUUGGCAGUACUAAGUUUAGACAGUGCAAACCAAGUUAACUACAUAUUGAUAUAAAUCAAGAAGAUAAAAUCCCAUAGUUUGAAAUUGUUUUCCUUGAUUAAGAACAUGAUACACUUACUAAUUAUUUUAUGACACAUGUAAUAAUCACCUUAAAAUAUUAUAUCACAUUUAUUCACUUUCACAACACCAGGUUUCCAAAAAGCUGUUCCAGUAAAACAGGGAUGUCAAAGCAUGGAGUGGAUGGGGCAGGUUGCUGGUUCCUGGAUAAUGAAACAAGUUUUCAAGAUCAAACAAGAUGCAUGGAAGAAAGACUAUCUAGCCAUGAAACAGACAUUAUCUUAGGAAAAAAUGGCAUGUUUUCCUCC